UCGCGGCGGGGCCGGCUGGAGGGGGUGGGGGGGCAAGGCGGUGGUAGGCCGCGGUAGCCCCUGAGCCCCCGCGGCAGUCCCGGAGCCGGGCCGGGCUCCGGCGGAAGAGCUCUCCUGGCCCUCUUCAGCCUCCCCUGGCAGUGGCUCUUGGUCCUCCCAGGAGGACUUCCCCAGGCCCAGGAGGAGGAGAGGUUGAAGAUGGGAGGCUGGGAGCCCCUCCCUCAGCAGAGCAAUCCCAGCCUGGCACUGCCCCCCCGCUGCCCAGGGAGGAAUUCUGCUGCACAAGGGCUGUGGCAGCGGUGCUGAGCGAUGGGGUAUGAUGUGGCACGCUUCCAGGGGGACGUGGACGAGGACCUGAUCUGCCCCAUCUGCAGUGGGGUCCUGGAGGAGCCAGUGCAGGCCCCGCACUGCGAGCACGCCUUCUGCAACGCCUGCAUCACCCAAUGGUUCUCGCAGCAGCAGACCUGCCCGGUGGACCGCAGCGUGGUGACGGUGGCGCACCUGCGGCCGGUGCCGCGCAUCAUGCGCAACAUGCUGAGCAAGCUGCAGAUCAGCUGCGACAACGCCGCCUUCGGCUGCCCGGCCGUGCUGCGGCUCGACACGCUGGGCGCCCACCUCAGCGACUGCCAGCACAACCCCAAGCGCCCCGUCACCUGCCAGCAGGGCUGCGGGCUGGAGAUGCCGAAGGAUGAGCUGCCCGCCCACAACUGCGUCAAGCACCUCCGGGCCGUGGUGCAGCAGCAGCAGACCAGGAUCGCAGAGCUGGAGAAGACCUCGGCCGAGCACAAGCACCAGCUGGCCGAGCAGAAGAGAGACAUCCAGCUGCUGAAGGCCUACAUGAGAGCCAUCCGCAGCGUCAACCCCAACCUGCAGAACCUGGAGGAGACCAUCGAGUACAACGAGAUCCUGGAGUGGGUGAACUCGCUGCAGCCGGCGCGGGUGACCCGCUGGGGGGGGAUGAUCUCGACGCCGGACGCGGUGCUGCAGGCGGUGAUCAAGCGGUCGUUGGUGGAGAGCGGCUGCCCCACCUCCAUCAUCAACGAGCUGAUCGAGAACGCCCACGAGCGGAGCUGGCCGCAGGGCCUGGCCACGCUGGAGACCAGGCAGAUGAACCGCCGCUACUACGAGAACUACGUGGCCAAGAGGAUCCCCGGCAAGCAGGCGGUGGUGGUGAUGGCCUGCGAGAACCAGCACAUGGGCGAGGACAUGGUGCUGGAGCCAGGCCUCGUCAUGAUCUUCGCCCACGGCGUGGAGGAGAUCUGAGCCCAGCCGCGGGGAGAGGGCAGGAGGGGGCCCCCGGGGGCGGCGGUGGUGUGA